AUGCGCCGCUUGAGCCCCUGGGCUCCCUGGACGACGCGUUGCGGUGCUUCCAUCGCCAGAUCCCGGGCACCUGCGGGCACAGUCUCCGUGGGUGGCGUGGUGGUCCCUCUUCGACACGACUUUGGAGGAGAGCCGCCGGAGCGCAUCCCCCAGGGCUUUCUGGCGCAGCUGCCCCGUUCUCUACGCCCUGCCUUGAAGUGGCUGGCACAGAAGGAUGCCUUGGGACAAGAUGCCCUUCUCCUUUCCUCCCCUGCUGAGCGUGCUCGCGCACGUCACGUGGCCUUGGCCUAUGCUGAAUUAGUGAACUCAGAGCUUGAGUACGUUGGCAUUUCAGCAGACACUACAGAGGCUGACUUGAAACAGCGUCGCGAGAUCGUGCCUGGAAAUAGUGUUGCCUUCACCAACUCUCCGCCUGUGCGAGCUGCACUUUCUGGGGGACUCCUGGUUCUUGAUGGGUUGGAGCGAGCUGAACGAAAUGUUCUUCCAACGCUGAACAACCUGCUCGAGAAUCGAGAAAUGUCCCUAGAAGACGGUCGCUUUCUGGUCGAGUCUGUCCGCUACGAGGCCCUCAAAGGUUCCAUGACGGACUCUGCGAGUGGAUUGACUGCGGUGCAUCGCCACUUUCGCGUCCUGGCGCUGGCUUCGCCCUGUCCACCCUUCGAUGGCCGAGCGCUUGACCCACCACUGAGGUCACGCUUCCAGGCGUUGUUAGUGCCACCCGCACCACUGGAAGAGUUGACUGAAGCUCUGCAAGGGCAUGACGACUCCGUGGUGUCUCCUCUGCUCACGGCAGCCGAGACGAUCAUUGAAUUGGAGCGGCAAUCCAUCAGGCAAAAUGCCUCGUUCUUCUCCUUCUCGACCAGUUCGUUUUUGAGAUACUGCUCUCAACGCCCGCUGCCAAAGGGCAAUGCGGAGGACAUUUUGAGAUGCGUUUAUCCUCCACUUCAUGCUUCUGACUGCCCAUCUAUGCCUGAAGCUGCAUCGUCGGUUACACAGGCUUUGAGAAAGUUAAGGCUGAAGCCUCCAUCUCAGAGAGGACUGGAUGAUGGGAGCGGAUCGCUGGUUGGAACUCACUAUCGCACAGCGGAAAUUGGAGCCACAGCGCAAGCCAUUGAGGCCGAUAUGGCUCGGGGCCAGAAUAUCUUGUUGCUUGGUGCACGGGGCAGUGGCAAAAGUGCCAUUGUUCGUGCACUUGGACAUGGAAAAUGGCUUUCCUUUGCACUUCACCGCGACCAGACUGGACGCGACUUGCUGCAGCGGCGGGUCACAGAGCAAGAAUCAGGUGCCUCAACUUGGGCAGACCAGCCAGUGGCCGCUGCAGCCCGUGUGGGUCACGUGGUGGUCCUCGAUGGGAUCCACCGGCUGCCGAAGGGUGCCUUGGUGUCAGCCUUGAGCCGCCUCAACGAAGGAGAGGUGGACCUCCCAGAUGGCAGCCGGCUCAGAGCCUCUGAGGAUUUUCGACUGGUGGCCCUGGCAGAGCCUGGGGAUUGGCUCACACCUGAGGUGGCCUCCUUGUUCGCGACCCAUCUGCUACCUGAGAUGACGCCCCUGGAGCUUACAAUGGCGUUGCCAAAGCUGGUGCCAACGGCCACACCGGAGCUGUGCCAACAGAUUGCGAAUAUCGCCACUGCGGCUUUAUUGACACAGAACGACACAUCCUUCUCAGUGGGCGAACGUGGGGCUCUUCGACUCUCACUACGUGUGCUACUUCGGUUGACACGUCAAGCUGCUGCCACCUCAACGGAUGCAGCAAAGCUGCGUGUCUUGCUGCAUGAAGCACUGAUGUCUCGAUUCCUCCCCUGGCGUUUGCAAGACACUAUCGAUGGAUGGCUGGAAGUGGCAGGGCUUGCUCCAAAGGUGAAGCAAGAAACAACGCAGAACUUCGGGGUGACCCUGGAUGGGGAUGACAUUGUCACUGGAUCUGUGCGAGUAGCACGACGAAGCCCUGAGAGGCCAGAAUUGGUCCCAGCACCACGAGAUUUCUUCGCGAGCCCAGCCGCCUUGAAAGCUUUGCAGUCAAUCCUGCUAUGUGAGCAUGCCGGCGAGCCUGCAAUUCUCCUACUUGGGAAUCAAGGAGUUGGCAAAAAUGUGGCAGUGGAUCGUGUUCUGGAGUUGCUCCGAGCAGAACGAGAGUAUGUGCAAUUACAUCGUGACACAACAGUGAGCUCCUUGACUCUGAGACCACUCCUUGAAAAUGGUCGUCUACAGUACGAAGAUGCACCACUGGUGCGUGCUGCAAAGCAUGGCCGAGUUUGUGUCUUGGACGAAGCAGAUAAAGCCCCGAUUGAAGUGGUGGUGAUCCUCAAAGCAUUGGUUGAGGAUGGUGAAUUGCUGCUGGGGGAUGGUCGUCGCUUGUGCCGGAGUGCGAGCUCGGAGAACGACAUCCAAAUACAUCCAGACUUUCGACUAUGGGUUCUUGCGAAUCGACCCGGGUUUCCCUUCCACGGCAAUGCGUUCUUCCGUGAAUGUGGCGAUGCCUUUGCGGCCAUUGCUUUGGACAACCCAGAUGUGACCUCGGAAACGGCGCUGUUGCAUCACGUGGCACCCAGCUAUCCAAAGCGGCAGGUCUUGGAUAAAUUGGCCUUGGCCUUUGCUGAGCUCAGGAGGCUCGCCGAAAAUGCCGUGAUUUCCUAUCCCUACUCCAUGCGUGAAGCUGUGGCCGUGGCACGACACCUGGAGAAGUACCAGAAGGACUCUGUGGUGGAUGCCCUCAGCAACGUCUUGGCGUUCGAGGCUUACGACGCGCCCCUGAGGAGGCAACUGUCUGAUGUCUUCGAAGCGCACUUCCAUGGCAUCAAAGAUGACCUGGAGCUGGCCUUUGGUUCUGUGUCAGGUGAGACUGGCAGUAGUGGCAGCAGGUCUUCCAAUGUCUCUGACGUGGAGAUCAGGUAUUACCUGCCAAAUGGACAAGGAGGACCCAGCAUACCAAAGACCGGCUUGAGCGGACCAAAGCAUGGAGAAGUGGAUCCCUCUGGUGCUCCUCAUGUAGGAGGCAACCGCUGGGCUGGUGGCAGUGGCGGCUCUGAUACCGCUGGUCUCGGGGGACGUGGAGGUCCAUAUCGACUCUGGGAUGGAAAUCCAGUGCACUCAGUCAGUGAAGAGGCGAAAGCAGAGGUCAGUGAAGAAGCCAAAGCGAAAGCGAGGGCUAUGGCGCUACAGGCCUGGGAACAACGCUUGGCUGACAUUGAGAAGAUGGAUCCGAGCAUGUGGAAGAUGUACUUGGAGGUUCUGAGUACGGUGGAACCUCAAGUGGCACAACUACAAUCCAUUCUACGCCAAGCCAAAGACAAGAAGUUGGAAAGGAUUUGGCUCAGGAAUCGCUCAGAUGGUGAGUUGGAUGACACUCGCUUGGUGGAAGGCGUUGCAGGUGAACGCUUGGUCUUCAAGAAGCGGGGGACUACGGAAUCGAAGAGCAAGUCUGAUGAUGAUGAUGACAGGGCCAAGCGCCGCAUUUGUUUCGUCAUGGACUGCUCGGGGUCCAUGUACCGCUUCAACGGCAUGGAUGGUCGCUUGAAUCGAAUGCUGGAAACCACCUGCCUGAUCUUCGAAUCUAUGGAGGGUUUGGAUCGCUAUGACUAUGCCGUCCUUGGUCACUCGGGGGGAAGUGCACAAAUUCCUUUCGUGGAGUUUGGCAAGCCGCCGGCAAAUCGUGGCGAACGCUUAAAGGUCUUGCAGAGGAUGCUGGCGCAUACCCAGUUCUGCUGGCCAGGGGACAACACCAUCGAGGCCACAAACUUGGCUAUAGACUAUGUCAUUGAUGCCAUGUCUUCGGACCAAAAGGAUCACAGAGAUGAGAAAACGGGUCGCGCCUUCGUAGUGGUGGUCUCUGAUGCGAACUUCAGGCGCUAUCGGAUGGAUCCCUUGUGGUGGAGCGAAGCUUUGAAGCGCGAUGCACGUGUGGAUGGCCACGCGGUGAUGAUUGGUUCCAUUGGUGAAGAAGCAGCCAAGAUUCGUGCAGCACUUCCAGCGGGCCAUGGCCACGUAGUGCUUGACACCACAUUGUUGCCAAGUACCUUCAGGUCCAUCUUCGAACAAGCUGGCAUUGUUGACAACGACUUCUAG